AUGAAGCCGAUGUUCAGUGAUUUGCUGGAUCGCGCCGACCGCCUCUCGGCCACGAAUUCGUUCACCAGCCGCUUCUUCAGCGCCACCAAGUCGGCAGACGCCUCAUCGGGCCAACCCGCUUACAACGUCGACCACCAGAUGGGCGUCAACUUGACCGAGAUCUUCCGCGCCAGCGAGAAUUUGGUGAAGCGGCGGACGGACGAGCCCUCGGAUAAGGAUCUCGCUCAAUUGCUGAAAGAUGCCGUGAAAGAAUCGGACAGCGAGGACAUCACCGUCGACAUGUGGGCACAAUUCACGUCGAUGGCAGGCAAGCGCUGCAACAACGACAUCGACGCCGUCGAAACGUCCGUCGAGCUCGUGCAACGGGCCACCGAUUAUUUGCACAAAAGUUUCAUCGACCACAUGCAGCGCUGCGUCCAAAACAACCUGGAGGCGGCCCGCCGAGGAGGAAUACCCGGAACGCGCACCCUUGUAGCCGGUUAUAUCAACGCGUGCUCCGACAUUGCGAGCGAGAUCGAGGACGGCUGCCUGGGCGACGGAUGCCCCGCCUGGCAGGUCAUCUACACGUGUAUGCGCUGCGGCGAACUGUCGGCUGCCUCCGAUGCGUUGAAUCUUGUCGCCGUCAACCAACGCACCAACAUGCUCUACAAGUGCCUCGUCUAUUUGAAAGAUAACUCGAGGCUGACAGAGGAGCUGAAGGAGAAAUUGAAGGUCGAAUGGCGUCACGAGCAGCACUCCAUCCGGGAUCUCUACAGGAAGGGCCUAUACAGCGCGCUGCUCGGCGUCGAAUCCCCGAUCGCCGACACGAUGGAGAAUUGGCUGUGGUUCAAGCUGAUCCCGCUGCGACUCGACCCCCACAUCACCCGGGCCCUCUACGUGGACCUGCAGAAGACCAUUUCCAUCGAUUACGGCGUGAGCUACUUCAUGGCCAACGGUUUUCGCGACGCGCACAUCUAUUUCCUGGCCCUGACGCUCAGCGGCCAAUUCGAGCGCGCCGUCGAUUUGCUGGUUGAGACCGGCCACGUGAGCGAUGCGGUGCACAUGGCCAUCUUGGCCUACGAGAACGGCUUGCUGAAGUUGACCGACCCGGCCGUCGAGAUGCAGAACAUCAAGCUACUCAACACCAAUCCGGACGGAAAAUCGGUGGCGGCUACGGUGUCGCUGGCCCGUCUGCUCGUCAGCUAUACCAAAGGAUUUGAGAUGGAAGACGUGGAGACGACGCUCGAUUAUUUCUACGUGCUCAAGGGUCAGAAAACCGCCCAAGGACGCGACAUUUUCGAGUCGGCCGUCUCGCGUGUGCUCUAUUUGACUGGAAACGUGAAGGCUGUGAUUGGCGAAUCGCAGGGACAAAAACGAUCCAAGGCUCUGAUUGACAACUAUGACGUCGAUGUGCGCGCGAUUAUCACCCGCGUAGCCGAAGACACCGAAUUGUCCGGAAAUCCUGAUCAGGCCGUCGAGCUGCUGCGCAUCUGCGGGCAAGAUGAUCGGGCGAUCGAGGUGAUGGCGCGGCGUCUCUCCGAGCUGAUCACGCAGAACGACGAGAGCCAUCGAAUUCCCGUCCUCCGGGCUGCCGAGGAUUUGGCGAAGCAUUCGAUCAACGCCUCGUCGAAGGCGCUGAGCACCCUCACCAUGCUGCUCGACAUCCACGGACUGCUCGACCGGUGUCGCCACAAACUUUACGAUGAAGUGAUGCUGACGAUUCGCGAGACGCGCCUCAUCCCCACCGACCAGAUCAACGUGCACGCAUUCACCGCCCAAGAGCAUUUGAUGGCGCCCCAAGUUCGCGCCGUUUUGCCGGACGUUUGCCUGGCGGUGAUGCAGUGCAUGGCUGACGCGUUCCCGGAGGCACGACCGGCCACGCGAAGCGACAUCAAGAGGCAAGCCCAAGCGAUCGUCGUGCUGGCGGCCGGCACCAACUACAAGUUCCCGCAGAACAUCAUCUCCAAGCUGCUCUCGAUCCAGGCCAAACUUCAA